AUGGCUAAUAACAACAGUUUCCUUCUCCUGGCUAUUGUGCUCAUGGCCGCGGCGGCUCCUCCGGCCUAUUCAGCAACCGUAUCUGUCAAUUUGAUCGGAGUAAAUGUUAGUCUGAUAUGCAACGGUUCUCUCAUCGGACAAACUACCACCGGUCUCCUCUCGCUCGGGAAUUUUAACAUCAUAACCGCUAACCUGAGCGCUAUAGAUCCCCUAUUCAUUGGCGUAAACGGCUCCAUUCCUUGCAAUGUCACCGCCAGAGUUCGCGGCGUCGGAAGUAUUAUUCCGUCAACCGGUCAGAUUAUCAGUGCUCCAGUCACUGUUACAAGUAUUAUCUUUGGUGCCCUCAACGGUGUUAUUUCCGCCGUGACUGGUGUCUUUUCGCUUGUCGGAUGA